AUGUCCUCCUCACGCAGCGGCUCCAUGGAGAAGCCCAGGCGCAAGGCGCAGACGUACGAGUCGGAGCCCGAGGCCGAAGAGUCGGUCGGGGAGCAGCCGUCGCCGCCGCCGCCGCGCCGCCGCCAGAUGCAGCGCAAGAAGAAGCAGCAGCAAGGUCCUCUCGACCUGGCCGGGCUGGACGGCCUCGGCGGCGUGGGCCAGACGGCGGGCGGGCUGGUCGGCGGCGUCACAAACACGCUGGGCGGCGUCGCGGGCCAGGCCGUCGACAACGGCGGCGGCAAGAGCGACACGCUGCGUCUCCGCCUCGACCUCAACCUCGAGGUCGAGAUCACGCUGAAAGCAAAGAUCCACGGUGACCUUGAGCUGGCGCUACUGUAA